GAAAACGAUGAAAAUGUCACAUCGCACUCUUGAGCGGCAGAUAAAUCUGUCGAGCGGCGGCCGCGCUUUUAAUCAAUAAGACGACGACGAGGCAGACGACGAGUCGAACGUCGGCGGUGGUGGCGGUGGCGGUGUUCUUAAAGGCAAGAAGUGCUGGUUUAAGAACCCUUAGUCGGCAGAUGAUAGUUGAACCGAGCAGGCUGCUCGACACAAGCGGACGGCCCCUGUGGGUGACUCUCCUGGCCCUCGUUGGGUGAAGACCUCUGGGGUUUGGCAAUGGUGCACAGCAAGUAGGACAGACCCCUUCGGCCCGGGUUUUGAUACUUGGUGGUGGGGUGAGUGGGGGCGUGGGGGGGAUUGAGAGAGAGGAGACAGAGACGGACAGAGACGAGACAGACAGACGAGACAAACAGCGAGAGAGGAGAGACACAUAGAGACAGAGAGAAGAGACACACGGAGAGAGAGGAGACAGAGAGAGACGAGGAGGUGGGAGACUGUGCGUUGUCUCGUGGAGAGCAGUGUGGUGCCGUUCGUUGGGAGGCUCAGCGGUAGGUGGGGGAGUGAGGAAGGAAAGGAAGGGAAGGAGGAGGAGGAAGAGGAGGAGGAUGGAGCUGGAGCUGGGAUUCUUGUCGGAGGCUGAGCGCAAGGCCAUCCUCGAGGUGCUCAAGAGGGAUGAGGAGUUGCGGCAGAUGGACGACACGAGGCUCAAGCGGCUGCAGAAGGAGCUGAGGCAGUUGAAGCGCAGGGGAGUCAAGAAGUCGGCCAGGGGGCGGACGUGCGCCCGCUGCCAGAGAGGCCUGGGCCUGCUGAUGAACAGCGGCGACCCGUGCACCGGCUGCCGCCACGUCGUGUGCAACGACUGCCGAGUCAAGUCGGACGGCAAGGCCUGGAAGUGCACCGUGUGCCACAAGGAGGCGCUGUACAAGGUGGAGACCGGGGAGUGGUUUCUGGAGGAGAAGGCCAAGCGAUUCGGUGGCAAGGUGGAGCCCGCAACCGACAUCAUCCGAGUGUCCAUGAAGAGGCGGCCAGGGAGCAAGCGGGACAUGACCCCCGAGCCCUCCAAGAAGAUCAGGGACCAGGUGGAUAGCGGAACUUCACCGUCGAAGCUCACCAGAAUCCCAGAGGAGCCCGGAUUUCGAGACGAGGAGUUCAGCGACUCGGUGAGCAACGCGAGCACCAUCGACUCGCGCCCCGAGUGCUCCCGGCAGGCGUCCCGGGCGUCGCGUACCAGCGGGCGCACCGAGCCGGGCCGCCGGGCCCCACCGGAGAGCGGCCGCCCCUCGCCGGUGCCCAGCUACGUCUCCUCGGCGCGCUCCGACUACGGCGCCGGCGACGAGACCGCCGCCCGGACGGGGCAGCCGCGGGGGCAGCCGCGGGAAGCUGGCGGGGGGCGAACGACGCCGGCGGCGGCGGCGGCGGCGGCGGCCGGGAAGGCCGGGAAGGCCGGGAAGGCCGGGAAGGCCGGGAACGCGCAGCGGCCUCAGUCGCGGGAUUCCGGCGCCGUGUCGCCGGCGUUCAGUAAGCACAGCGGAGUGUCGAGCCGCGGUGGCAAGUCGAGCAAGUCGGCCAAUGACGAGGAGGACGAGGGAGAGGAGAGGGAGGGGGAGGAGAGGGAGGGGGAGGACGACGACGAUGACGACGACAGCAAGCAGCGGCAGCGCCGUCGACCCCGGCAGAACGAAGAGGGCGACGAGGUGGACGAAGGGGGCGAGGAGCAGGGGGGUGAGGAGGAGGAGGAGGAGGAGGUGGGGGGCAGGAGGAAGGUGGACAAGAUGUUCAGCAAGUGCUCCAAGAAGUCGAUGGAGUCCGGGGGGUGGACGUCCGAGAUCGACCUCCGCUCCAACACGGGGGCCUCCAGCGCCAUGGGGAGUCGCUGUGUCUCGGUGCCGGCCGUCAACAUGCGCCGGGGGCUCGACGAGGAGGACGAGGAGGAGGACAUUGACGGCAUCGUCACCUCGCACCGUGGCAGCGCCAGCGGCACCAUGCGCUCCACCGUGAGCAUGAUGAGCCUGAUGAGCACGUACAGCGAGGUGGACUUUGGCGCCGGCGUGGAGGUGAAGGGCGACGUGCUGCUCUCGCUGCAGUAUGAGUACCGUACCGGCACGCUCAACGUGAACGUGCGCAAGUGCCGCAGCCUCGCUUUCGGCAACGCCAAGAAGCAGAGCUCCAACCCGUACGUGAAGGUGUACCUGCUGCCAGACAAGUCCAAGCAGAGCAAGCGCAAGACCACGACGCAGAAGAACACGGUCAACCCGGUGUACAACGAGACGCUCAAGUACACCAUCUCGCAGUCGCAGCUGUCGACGCGCACGCUGCAGCUCACCGUGUGGCACCACGACACGUUCGGGCGCAACGCCUUCCUGGGAGAGACGGAGAUCAACAUGGACACGUGGAACCUGGACAACACGGACGAGCAGUGGCUCCCCCUGCAGCGCAAGUCCCAGGCUCAGGCGGGUGGCAUUCCCCAGUACAAGGGCGAGCUCACGGUGUCUCUCAAGUUCGUCCCUGCCCACCUGGUCCCCGAGGAGAAGCCAGCCGCUGAGAGCCGCUUGAAGAGGACCCUGCGCAGAAAGCAGGAGAGCGUGCAAGCGGCGGGCGGAGAGAUCCACGUGCUGGUGAAGGAGGCGCGCAACCUGUGUCCACUCAAGCCGGGCGGCACCGUCAACUCCUUCGUCAAGGCCUCCCUGCUGCCCGUGGACCCCAAGGGGACGCGGCAGAAGACGGCGGUGGCGAAGCAGAAGGUGAGCCCCGUGUGGGGCGAGACGCUGGUGCUGCGGGCCGUGCAGCCACACGAGCUGCCCCAGCAAGCGCUGGAGCUCACCGUGUGGGACAAGGAGAGCAUCGCCAGCAAGCACUUCCUGGGCGGCGUGCGCCUGGGCAUGGGCACCUCCGGCGAGUACGCGGGGACUCCCGUGGACUGGAUGGACUCGCAGGGGGAGGAGGUGGCCGUCUGGGAGGAAAUGUGCAGCAACCACAACACGUGGGCGGAGGCCUGCCUGCUGCUGCGGCCUGACAUGGCCAAGCACUGAGACCCCCACCACCCACAACCCCCACCCACCCCUCCCCCCCCCCACCUCCCCCCCCCCCCCCCACCUCCGCCCCCACUUUUUCCCACUGCGGCGUUCACCGUCUCCGGCCGGCACGACGUGGGGUGGACAAACCUCCUCCCGCCUUUGCCAAAACCGCGCCGCGUGUUUGCCAAACCGGCGGUGGCUCAGCAGCUGCUGCAGGUGUUGCUGCAGCUGCUGCUGGUGUUGCUGCAGGUGCAGCUGCAUGUGCAGCACCUGCAGCUGCACCUGCAGCUGCUGCUGCCUGGUGGUGCGUCGAGGCGCCCUGCAGUUCGACGACCCCGAGUUCGAACCCUGCUUCCCACCAGGGGUUGUGCGCACUCACGCACGUCGAACUCCUUCCGUGUGUGUGUGUGUGUGUAAGUCGAACUCCUUCCGUGUGUGUGUGUGUGUGUAAGUCGAACUCCUUCCGUG